AUGGCGCCUUCCGACUAUGUCUUCAACAGGGACUAUCUCGAUAACAAUCGCAUCAACUUACAGCACUACCUCUGGCGGGAAAUAUUCGGCUAUCUGAUUCACCCCAGCAUUCCGACAGGGGCCCCUGACCUCAAGAUCGCAGACGUCGGCACUGGUACUGGAAUCUGGCUAACUGAACUGGCGGACCGUCUGCCUUCGGCACAGCUAGAUGGUCUGGACGUCUCAUUCGAUGCUCUUCCUCCUUGCAAGUGGCUACCACAAAACGUYAGGCGACUUCACUGGGAUGUGACCCAUGAUGUGCCUCCAGAGCUUGAAGGACAGUAUGAUCUGGUGCACAUUCGUCUCUUCGCUUUUGUGCUCCUCAACGACGACCUUCCUGGAGUACUGGAGCGACUGGCAAAGCUUCUAAAACCAGGGGGAUACCUCCAAUGGGAUGAGCCUGACAUAGCAUCCUUUCGCAUAGAAACCACCGACUCGACCAUCUCCACAGAAGCGUUGAAGCAGCUGGUGGAACGAAUGCAACCCCAAGAUGUUCGUUUCAGUCCCACGUGGAUCGCCCGGCUGCCGGAUUUGUUCAAGAACGCCGGCUUUGAAUGCGUGCAGUACGACGUCCGGGAAGCUAAGCCUUGGCUUGCACUCGCCAUGCACGAAGAUAACUUGAUGAUUCACGAGGUCAUAGCGGCCAAGUCCAAGGACGCCGCGUUUUAA